CCGCGGGGAAGGAGAGCGGGUGGCAAGGAGACUCCGGGCUGGGGUCGCGGCGGUGAUCUGGAAGCAUCUGAUUCUCUGUGGCGUCUGGAUCGCGAGCGGAGUCGGCUCGUCUCACCGAGGGUUCCCGGGACAGGACAGGGUUCUGUGGGUUUUGUUUUAGGAGCGGGGGUGUGAGGAGAAUGGACAGAAUAGUGACUGGGACGUUAAUUGGAGCUUUCCGGAUUCGAAAAGCACACACUCUAUCUUCGGUCGCUCAAUUAGUCUCUCUGCAUUUUUGAAUUUUCAGCUUUGAAACCGGCCAGAGUAUUUGGCAGAAUUUGACCGAAUUCAGGUGUGAGGAUUAGAUCUAGAUGCCUUUUAAUUAGGGCACGCAGUUCAGCCUGUUUUUACGAUGGGAUUUCUGAAGAUCUGUGUACUUAGAAGAAAUGCAUGCACUGCUCUUUGCUUCUGGAGAAACCAAAUUGUAGAGAAACCUUUGGUUAGAAAGAUUACUACUACCUCAGCAAGGAGCACCGUCAUGCCCGCUUGGGUGAUAGAUAAAUAUGGGAAUAAUGAAGUGCUUCGAUUUACUCAGAACAUGAUGAUACCAAUGAUACACUAUCCAAAUGAAGUCGUUAUCAAAGUUCACGCUGCGAGUAUAAACCCUAUAGAUGUUAAUAUGAGAAGUGGUUAUGGAGCUACAGCUUUAAAUAUGAAACGUGAUCCUUUACAUAUUAGAAUCAAAGGAGAAGAAUUUCCCCUGACUCUGGGUCGGGAUGUGUCUGGUGUGGUGAUGGAGUGUGGACUUGACGUGAAGUACUUCAAGCCUGGAGAUGAGGUCUGGGCUGCAGUUCCUCCCUGGAAACAAGGCACCCUCUCAGAGUUUGUUGUAGUCAGUGGGAAUGAGGUCUCUCACAAGCCCAAAUCACUGACUCAUACUCAAGCUGCUUCUUUGCCAUAUGUGGCCCUUACAGCCUGGUCUGCCAUAAACAAAGUUGGCGGCCUCAAUGACAAGAAUUGCAGAGGAAAACGUGUUUUAAUCUUGGGUGCUUCAGGCGGAGUUGGUACUUUUGCUAUACAGGUAAUGAAAGCAUGGGAUGCUCACGUGACAGCAGUUUGCUCUCAGGAUGCCAGUGAACUUGUCAGGAAGCUUGGGGCAGAUGAUGUAAUCGAUUACAAAUCUGGAAAUAUGGAAGAGCAGUUGAAAUCCUUCAAGCCGUUUGAUUUUAUCCUCGACAAUGUUGGUGGAUCCACCGAAACAUGGGCUCUAAAUUUUCUCAAGAAGUGGUCAGGAGCCACAUAUGUGACUUUGGUGACUCCUUUCCUCCUGAACAUGGACCGGUUGGGCAUAGCAGACGGCAUGUUGCAGACAGGCGUCACCGUGGGUUCGAAGACGCUCAAGCAUUUCUGGCAAGGAGUCCAUUACCGCUGGGCCUUUUUCAUGGCCAGUGGUCCAUAUCUGGAUGACAUUGCAGAACUGGUGGAUGCAGGAAAGGUGCCUGCUUCGUGUACCUGCUCUGCCUUAGUGCCUGGCACUUAGAAGGCAGACACUUCAUCGUUGUGCAGUGGAUGGAUUCAACCAGUUAUUGAAAAAACCUUUCCAUUUUCUAAAGUCCCAGAAGCCUUUCUGAAGGUAGAAAGAGGCCACGCACGAGGAAAGACCGUCAUUAAGGUCGUUUAAAUAAACACUCAGUUUGGCGAU